AUGAAGACGGAAAAUGGUAAAAUUGGAGCUAAAACACAAGUAAACGCCUUUAAUAUUGAGGCUUGUGACCUAUUGCAGUCAACAUUUGCUAAACAUAUAAAGAAAAGAGAAUUUAUAGAUUCAGAUCAAUCAGAUUCCCAUUCAAUAGAUCUAUCGGAUGAGAAUAAUGAGAAUGCGGAGUUAAAUUCAAUAUCAGAAUUAAUUUCCUCAGCUCUUUACGAGUUUUUGAACAAUUUACAAAACAGAGUUAAUUUUGACACAUUUAAUGUCGUUCAAAAAUCACUGGAUUCCAUCCAGAAUAAGCUAAAGGCAAUUGAAUAUUCUAAAUGGAAUAGACCAAUAUCAAGUAGAUAUAGAAACGUGUACAAUAGACUACUACAGAGAAAAUUUAACCCUGUGUAUACAACAAAUACACACAAUAUAUCAUUAGAUUAUGUAAUUCUAUCCAAUAAACUUACGCAUCUAAUCAACGUUUGGUCACACCAGAACGCAUCAGAUGAUAACCUUGAAGAAGAUUCGACCUAUAUUGAGCCUCCCUCAGUCACAAUUGUCAAGUUUGACAUGACAGGGGAGGUGGUAAUAACAGGAGGAUCAGAAGGAAUCAUUAAACUUUGGGAAAUUUCAACGUGUAAACUAAUUAUGAGCCUUAAAAGACAUUCGGGACCGAUUAACCACAUAGAUAUACACCCAACUAAUUCAUUUAUUAUCUCAUCCAAUACAAAAAUUUCUACAGACUUGAAUAACUGUGAGAUUUAUCUCUGGGAGAUUAACCUUAAUUUAUAUAGACCACACAAAGUUAUAUACAAUCCUCAUGAUAUUGUGUUUCUAAAGUUUGUAACAUCAUCUACUCUUGUUCCAAAUAACACAGAAGAAAGUGGAGUGAAAGGAGUUGAUUGGAGAGAUAGAGAGAAUUGGGAAACAACUAUAGAAAAUACAAUAGUAACAAGUUUGGAUAAAAAUAAUGUAUUAAAAGUGUAUAGAAUGAGAGAUAUGAUCAGCCCAUCUUCAGGAAAUAACAUAUAUAACGAAGUUGCACCCAUGUACCGAGUAGAUUUGUUUAACCAUGAGAUUACAGGAUUUGAUAUUAGCAUUAACUUUUUAGGCUCAAGCUUUUUAGCAGCGCUGGGUAUAAAGCCUUUGGGACUUAAUAAUGUGACUGGCAGUAGAAAUACCAACCUCAAUUCCAUAGUACAUUGUAUUAAAAAUGAUACAUUCCACGAUAAUAACUUCAAUGUUAAGGGAAAAUAUAGAAAUUUAACAGAUAAAAAUGGGAUAAUUUUGUUGAAAAUUCCAAUUACGCAGUCUUAUGAUGAUAUUGCUGUGGAGGAAAGGUGUGAAUGCGAUUGUAAUAUGAAGAAUACAGUCACUUCUGUUAACAUGUGUACAUUGUGCGGUAAAAGUAAAUAUAACACAAAGAAUACAUCUGAUAUUGAGGUGGAUGAGAAUGAAGUAGAUGUUAACCAAUCAGGGAUUAGAAACAAGUUUCUGUGGGAAUCAGAGCAUAGUUCUGCAAUUGAAAAGUAUUUUAAUAGCGUAAUUCCAGAUUUUACACUCGUUAACCCAUCACUAUUCGAGUCAUUCACAUUCAAUGUCCCGGUUAUGCAUUACCUUAAGAAUUCAAGUAACUUGAUCAUCUCAGCAUUUGUCGGGAAAAGGCCGACUUUUGUUAAGGAUUCAGGUGAUCUGGACAGUUUGUUCGUGAAUUUUUUAGGAGACGAAUGUGGAAUUUCACCACAAAUACGAUUGUCAAACACGUCAAUGGACUUUGUGACUGCUUCAAAAGAUAAUAGGUUUUUCCUAUGGCAAUGUGAAAAUGGUGCAUAUGUUCCAAAACAGCUGCAUUCGGAUGAUUUAAAUUUUGAUUUUGAAAGUUAUUUUUCAUCUUCAGCGACUAAUAACGUCUCUAAUACAACCGCAGAUAGUGUAAGUAGACCUAAUAGUACGAAUAGAACGAAUACUGACAAACCCGUGUAUAAUAUUGUGUUACUGGAGUGGUCAUGUAACGAUAAGUAUGUAUGUAUAGUAGAUGAAUUGUUGAAUAAGGACAGCUGUGUUAGUGGUAUGGAUGGAAUAAAUUCAGUGUUUAGAGUAUCAUUUUUCACAGAUUAUGGGAAGUUUGUUCGCGAAAAACGAGUUAAAUCACAUAUUGUUAAAGUUGGGUAUAACCCAGUGAGUGAAGACCUGUGUAUUAUAUUAUCUCAACCCUCAAAUGUUAUCCUGUAUAACAUUCUAACGGGAACUGUAAUUAACACUAUUUCUUUCGAAAAUUCUGCUAAUUGGUUGGAUGUUCGGUGGCACCCGAUGGGACACAAGUUCGUUACAUGUGGAAAAUAUGGAUCAUUAUCACUUUUUUCUACCGAUUCACAAAGUUUGAUGGAUAGAACUCCUAAUUAUCAGUUGACUUUGUCUGACUAUAACGCGCAUGUACAAAGUUAUAUCAACUUCCCAUACAGAGGGUUUGAACCUGAUGACUUAAGGAUUAAAAGAUACUUUUCAAGCUUCGCAGACGCACAAAUUACUAUGGAAGGAGAUUCAACAUAUGAAUUGGUUACAAAUGAACUUUUUGGAGGGCCAGUUCCAUUUCUGGAUGAACAACUUAAUACAGUACUGUUACACAUAGGCUCCACAGUUCGUAGGGUUCAUAAAGUAUCAUACGGAGUACCAAAUGAUAAUGAUAAUAAUGGGUUGAUAUAUAGUGUAAUGAUGAGCCUGGGAGGAUUUGAUGAAUACUUUAGAGCACACAAUUCUGAAACGGAUGUGAAUUUAUUAAAAAUUGUUCAGCAAUUUCUUCGCCUAUUACACAACUGUUCUGAUAAAAAUGAGGAAAAUAUUAAUAUUGGUGUUGAUUGUAGUAUUGAGGAGUGCAUAGUAUGUAAGAAUCAUAUCAAUAAAAUGGAACAACAUAAUAAUUACUUGAUGACUAAAGAUUCUUACGUAACACUUAGGAGCGUGACUGACAAGAAUGGAAUAGUGAUACUAUCAUUACCGCCUUCACAAAGACCAAGUGACUUUGUGGCUCCUCCAGAAAGUGUACAGUCUGAAGAGAUCCACACCCCCAGACGUUACUCAAACACUGUAGUAAGCACACAGCCCUCUUCAGAUUUACAGUCAUUGGUUAAUUCUACAAGUUCUGAAGGUGUUUUAACAACCCCCGCUCGCACAGUAACAAUUGAUACAGAGGUCUUGGUGAGAGAAGAGGACGAAGAAGAAUCUGAGGAUUCCGAUUACGAAGAAUCGCCAGAAGAGUCUGAUUAUGAGUCACACGAAAGUGAAGUGUCAUUAAGAAGAUCAGUAAGAACGAGUACGCGUAGAAUUAGUGAAGUGGAGGAGGAGGAUAGUGAAAAGUAUAGUUUAAGAACCAAAAGAGGAUUUAAUGAAGAUUCUUAUAAGAUUAAGGAAAUAGACUCUGCAAAGAAGCUGAGUAAUACCAUAGGACCAAUAUCAAUACUUAACCAGAACAAACAAGAAGAAUUAGACGAAGAAGAAACUGAGGAAAUAUUCUGUGUAUUGUGUGGAAUGAGUAGUGAUGGAUACUAUACAAAUUUGACAAGAAGUCAGACUCAGAAGUUCUCCAGUACGUUGUUUAGCCAAGGAGAUUCAUUUAACCCUGGUUGUAAGUUCUUCGAAAACGCGAUUGUGGGUCCAAUGAAUAUACACAGGAGAUACAGAUCUUACCUUGAGGACUAUCAUCUCCUAUCGAAGCGCCUUAAUUCAAACUGUAAUAUAUUUGCACACUCGGCCUGCAUUAUUACAUCACAAGUCAAAAUCGACCAAUCAACAAGAUUAAUUAAUUUCCCAGAAAUCCUGGUUACAAGCAGUUAUGAAAAGUGUGGAUUUUGUGACUCUAAUUUUGCAACGGUUCAAUGUGUAGAUUGUAGAAGAUUUUUCCACUAUCCAUGCGCUGUAGCUCAGUAUAAGGGCCACAUGAGAUAUGAUAAGGAUAUAGAGAUUAUAAACCAUUUCGACCCCAUGGUUUGCAGACGUUACUUUUGUAUAGACUGUGGAACUAAGAGUGAAAAUGGAAAACAAGAUUAUCUAACAAGUAUAUGUUUUCUUAAACCGGAUACAAGAGAUUGGCUCAUAAAUACGUCAGACAGUUUUGAGAAUCAAUUUAACGUUCAAGUGGGAGAUUAUAUCGUUUUAACACCAGACGCUAUAUUCGAACGCUAUAACACACAUAUCACCUGGGCCACGCAGCAGUCAUUUCCCAUCCUAGUUAAGGUUCUUGACAUAACCCAUGUUUUUUCAGAUGAUAUGAGUGUGACUGGAUGUUUACUGGUUCAAUCAGUAUUUGAACAAGUUGACCCUUUUUGUGUGUUUAUAACCCCAGAAAUCGGUUUAACACUACUGAGAGAUUUUUUGCUAAGUUUGUAUAAUCUGUCAAGUUUGAAAAUUGGUUCAAAAGUUAAAUGUAAAAUUAAUGGACAAAUAAUUGAAACUGAGGUUAAGAACGUAAAACAGACUUUUACCAAUGGCGUAAAUUUGAGUAUAAAUGGUGAAAUAGGAGGUGACACUUGGGAAUUAUCUGAGUUAAAACGAGUAAUUGAAGAUUUAUAUAAAAUAGGCCAUAACUCUCUAAGUAUAUCAUACGAUAAGAGAAUUAAGUGGAUUAACUGUUGGAACUUGGAUUUAAAUCUCGAGAUUAAGCCUAAAUUAGAAGAAGUUUUGAGCAAAAUCAAAAUAAAGGGAUUUAAUCAACAACAUAGAGACCAGUUUUUGAACCUUAUCCAGGAACCUAAAUAUGGAAUAUUUGAGUUCGUAGAAGAAUAUGGGUUGAGAUCACAUGAAUGGGUGUAUGAGUAUUGGCGUUAUAUACCAAGACCAAUAAGUUUAAAUGAAAUUGGAGAAAAGAUUAGAAAUGACUUUUAUAGAACACCUAAAGGUGUUUGGGCGGAAAUUAAACUGUUGAUUUCAAACUGUUUGAACUUCAACGAGUCGUCGUCAAAUUACUCAAAAAUAGCAAAAGAACUCGAUGUAAACCUGGAGAAUCUGAUGAUAAAUAUGGAAAGCGAUUGCAAUUGGAGUCAUGUAUUUGAACACAUUUGGCCUUUGAUUAAGAAUCUUGUAACAGCAGGUGUGCAGAGUAGUAGCCAACCACAUCGAAGAAAUGAAGUAAAUCAACCGGAACAAGAAUAUGAAGAGUAUAACGCUCCAAAGAGAAGAAAAGUGAAUAUACAAGAACCAGUUAGAAGAAGUAGUCGAAUCGGUCAAAAGGUAGAAAAGCAGGUAGAAGAAGUAAAAGUCAGGAAGAAAACGUUAUAUAAUUUGAGAUGA